UCAUUGAGUGGGUCCUGUUUUUUUUUUUGGAGUGGGCUUUUGGAUGCGCUUGUUAUGCCCACACUUCUCAGACGAUCCGUGCCGAGCUGUCACGCCUCGCUGCAGCGUGGUUCCUGCCCCCGGUGCCGAGGUGCCUUCUAGCCGAGUUUGAGUCGGAGCUCGGCGUCUCGGGCUCCGUCGCCCCCGGUGUUCCGUCUCCUUCUGCUGACUGAGCCAAAAGCCUUCCAAGCUGCUCACCGGCUCAUUUGAUCGGCUUCAUAGCCGCCGGUGCUGCUGCCCGAGCGGGAGACUUGUAGCCGGACGGCAGACCCGGGAAAGUGAGGGAUUGAAAGUAUCCCACUUUUAUUUCUUGCCCUUUUUUCUGUUCACCGGGAGGAACGGAGCAGCAGCAGCGGGAACAAUGAGCGGACGCGGGGACGAGGCCGGGGAGAGCUCCGGUUCCCAGGAGCCCACCACGGGGGCCACGGAGCCCCAGAAGAGAAGGCCGGGGAGACCGAGGAAGCCCAUAAAAGAGCCCAGCGGAGAGCCUGUCCCCAAGCGACCGAGGGGCCGCCCCAAAGGAAGUAAGAACAAGGGCCCCUCCAAGGCGGCGCAGAAGAAAGAUGAGGCGACCGGGGAGAAAAGACCCAGGGGGCGACCCAGGAAAUGGCCGCAGCAAGUCGUCCAGAAAAAGCUUACUCAGGAAGAAGAGGAUGAAGAAGAGGCUGGAGAGAGCCCAGAGGAGGACUAAGCUGCCACACCAUGAAAUCUACCUCAUUCAGCUGUCAGGUCUUUCAAAGGGAAAAGACUGCCUUGACCACUUAUUUUUGACUUUUUCCCACAUGCUAUUUUACUCGGUUUGAUUUCAGUUAGAGAAUUUUACACCUUUGCUCUGUCACUCAAUGGGCAAAAAUGUCCAGCAAAAACAUUCAGCCUUUAAAUUCCCUUUCAUACAUUUUAACAUAGGCCAUACCGAAUGCAGCAAAAGGAAAAUUUUAGUAGCUGUAUCGGUGAUAUCUCUUAUCAAUGUUAGCUCUUAUCGGUGUUAGCUCUUAUCGGUGUUAGCUCUUAUCGGCCGAACAGAUUCAAACAAGCACAGAGUUCAGCUCCACACAGUCUGGCUCUCAAAACAAACAAAUCAGGCAACAGACAGACACAACAUCGGCCCUGUACAACACACCUACACUCCUCAACGAGACACAAUGAGUACGUAAAUGUUUGGCUGUUUUUGAUUCAGGGUCCUCAGAGCAUCAUCAUCUUCACACGAGUGAGAGCUUUAGCAGAGGGAGCAUCAUUCUGAAGACUACUCUAUUGUACUGAGGUGCACAUACACACAGUUUUUCACACACCCUGACACAGUGAAUGACUCUCCAGACAUCGAUGCAGAAAUGAGACUGUUCCAAUAUAUUUCUAAAACAAACCAACCCGCCCACCCCUCACCCAGACUGUUAGGUCACCAAUCACAGGGAGACACAGAGAUCCUUCCUCAGGGCAGUGGUUUAUCCAUCAUGUUGGCUUAAAGCCAUUUAAAAAGAACUUGCUCAAGUCGUUAGCAUUGCCUCAGACUGAGUCCCCAAACAUCAUCUUUACAUUUAAAUAAAAAAGACCAUCUUCCUGUAUCCGCUCUCUCUAGAAAUAUGCAGGGAAGAAGCAGCACCCAAUGCAGAGUUGGAAAUGUCAGUGUAAAUGUUCGUCAUUUAACCAUGGCCAACACCAACCAUGCCCUUAAUCAAACAUCCGUUAAGGAUCAGUUGAAUGCCUUCGAUGGAUUACUGCUAAUUAUAGCAGUGGUAAAUUCCACUAGCUUGCAGAAAUGAAGAUAAUAAUGUAAGAUGCUCUGCUGGUACACUUACGAGGCAUUAGACCACAAUAUCAGAGCACAGGGCAGGACGUUAAAGGACGGUUGUUAAAUGUCAACGAAAAGACCAUUUAAUUAACUAAUAAUCUUUAGAACUUAAAUCAACCAAUUUGGAGUCUCUUCCUUUUGGCAGUUUAAAAACAUGACAGCUUUAAAAUCCACAUAAUGCAUUCAUUCAGUUUGUUCUUAGCUUUAAAACCUUGAUUCCAUCAUUGACCUCACACUGUCAAAGAUAAUAGACCUCAAGAACAAAAUCCACCAGAUCAAACCACACAUUACCUCAUGGAUCACUUGAUACCUGGAUUUAGUGGCAACGUGACAUCGGACAAAACCUGAUGGUAUGCAAACGCUUACUAAGUUAUUAAUGCUAAUAACUGAUAUGCAAUAUCUCCUCUCAUGAUUUCAAACUACCUCUGACUCAGCACAACCAGCUAACGGAAGCUGUUGCUCAGCACACAAACCAAUGCCAGGCAAGGCAGUGUGCCUUCAGAGGGCGAACUUUAUACUGUACAUUAAAGCGAGGUCAUGCCGGUUGGUUGUUGUCUUGUCAUGGGGGAAUUUGUCUGCGAUUGUUUCCUUUAAUUCAGUCAGGUAAACACUGCGUAAUCCAGAAAGAAGCAAAAGUCAGACAUGAGGAGCCAUGUGCAUCAACAUUAAAGGAAAGGUCUUUGCUGCAGCUGUGACCAUCUGUCCUGUUGGUUAUGACGGGUCUACAAAUGCUUUUACAAGGAGUGCACAGACAUGAAGAAUGUUUAUUAAAACUCAUCCAUACAGAUAACAUUAGAUUACAAUAUUUACCUAAAAAAGGUUGUGGCGCUGUAACCACAUUGUCAGAACAACAUAUUAAAAGGGAUAACCAAACCUGAUUACACCUGAAAUAUCGUUUUAAACUGCUCAGUGUGUUUUUAAACCACAAACUAAGUAGAUUCUGGAAUUAGCUGUACAAAAAUCACAGCAGACAUUUUUUAUGCGCACGUUGAAGUAUCGCAUAAAAAAAUUUGUAUGGCAACAGCAAAAAUUUAAAAAACGUCCUCAAUUGUGGAAAAAAAAUGUUUACGCUCGCUUGAGUUUUUUUUUGACAAGAAAUAGUUGAUGCGCGAUAUGGAUUAUGGAAAACGCCUUUGGCGAAUAAAUUCUGACGUAGCGAACAUUUAACUCACGUGACUGAUCUGCUGUUUACAUAUAUAUUUAUACCGUGUUCGUCUCCGGACAGCAUGGAACAUAGCUGAUACGAGCCAACACAACUGGAACUUGGCCAAUUAAAAGUAAUUCCCGAAGAGCUCUCUUCCGUAGAUGGUUAGAUGACUUAUUUUGUUUCCGGUUCGCAACUUCUACUUCUUCUGCUCUGUUUACAGGUCUAUGCUUUCGCCAAGAUUUUUUUUGCUCAAACCAAUUGAUGGAAACAAUUGAUGGAAAUUCGCAUUUCUUUUUUUUGCAACAUUUAAAAAGUUUUUUAGAAUUCGCUUGAUAUUUGGGUAAAAACUUUAAUGACACUUGUUGGGAUUCAUUCCUACACAAGGCAGGAAGACUUCCUCACUGAUAGUGAGAUGGAUGCGGGGCCAUUAGUUAUCCACCCUGUAACAUUUGUCUGUUUUCUACAUUCACCUGUUAAUCUGAGAAUGUCUUCACUUGUUUCCAACCUCUUUUGUGAAGAGUUGCCAGAUAUUAGCAAUGUGACUGAAAUGUCAUCAUAACCUUCAGACAUGAUGGUCAAAACUUUAGAAAUAAGACACAGGUAAAAAAAAAAUCUGAAUUUUUCCUUUAAUUGUAGACGACUCUCAAGCCUGCAGUCUUUUGCAGUUUCUAAAUCCAUUUGUCCAUAGUUAGACCGUGCAUCAAAUGUUACAGUCGUCAUCUUCUUCAGCUUUGGUUGUUUCUCUACAAAAUCUCUUCCUAGAAUUGAAGUGAAGUCUUGAGAGUUUGUCUCCAUCAUCACUUGGCACUGACUGUCCUGACGUUAUCUUCUUUAGAGAUUCCUGGAAAAAGCCUCCAUUCAGUGGCCUGUUUAUAAUACUUACAACACAAACGCAGCUAGCAUAUUACAUAUUGUUUUUCUUAUUUACCUUAAUGUUAAUUUGUAUCUCAACAUUGUAAUGAAACAGAAUCCUCUGCAAACUGGGACUUCGUCAACUUGAAUUUAUUUUGUUCUGAUUUACACAAUGGUUUAAUGAGGAUCAAGUGUCUUUAUGGCACUACAUGAUAUAACUACAAAUGUUGUUUUUUUGGUUUGAAUACUUCGAGUUGUUUAUCCUGAGUUAUCUACUACCUGUAAAUGUACAGUACCUCAAACAGACCGUUAAAAAUGGACUAAUCAAUCAACAAAUACCUACCUCCAGUCUCUUCACAUACAUGUAUGCUAUGGUCAUAUCAGGACUGCAGAAGCUCCUUACUUAAUGUAUCAGAUCAAGCUUCCAAUCGCAGUACAUUCUCACCCUCAAAGUGACUUUCAGGUUUUGAAACAGAUAUGUCUGGAUUUUGUAUAGUGUAUUCAUGAAUAUGUGUUAAUGUGUUUAAUUAGUAGAUAUCGAUAUACUUGAUUAGCUGUUUUGUGUACUUCACACAAAUGUGAUUUUCUUUUCUUGUGAUAUGGUUAAACCAGAUGGAAAUGGAAUUGCUUUUUACUUAAUGAUGGAUUAUACCAUUUUUCACCUGUCACCAUGGCAACCUUUGAAAAGUUGACAUGGUAUUUUAAACUGGGCCUGAGGUAGAGCCUCAGAGGAGGAGCUACGUUGAUCCUGUCAAACCUGCCUUCAUCAGCAACACCAGAAUGGAACCGUGGCCACUUAGCACAGGUUGUGGUAAACUCUCACCAACCAACAAUCUGCACAAUGUUUUGGAUCAUAAGGUGCCUUCAAACUGCAAAGCAAAUUAUCACCUUGAUUAAUUCAAAAUUUGGAAAAAAACGUUUUGCAAGAUUUUUUUUGGCCAGGAUGAUUUUCUUUUUUAUUCCUUUUUUUAAUUUGUCAAAACAGUUGAAAGUGUUUGUUGUGGUAAUACUCAUUUCAGCCACAAGAGGCUGAAGUGCAGCCCUGCCACAUGUUCUAAAUAGGAUUAAACGUUCGGUAAAUUAAAACAAUAUUCUUGGUGAAACCUGUUCUUUGGUCUUAAACACAGGAGACCAAAUGGUUUAUAUCAGAAUUUGAAUAAGGAUAACCUUUUGCUUUCUCACUUUCCUCUCAGGGCUUCCGUACUUAAUUGGACGAACAGAGAUGAGACAUAAUUAACUCCCAAAAAAAUGUAUUUUAAGUGUCAGAAGGCAGUAUGAUUUGGAAAACUACACCAGUAAUUACAAGUUACUAAAUAUAUUUCUAAUGCCAUCAAUACUUAUGCAGACACUUUGCAGGCAAUGCUGUUUCUAAUAAUCCAACCAAUCCAAACAGAGAGAAUCACAAGCUGCUGUUAAAUGAGCUACCUAAGGAAUACUCCAAGAACUGUGUGCAGCUGUUGAUGGCUGAUCAGUAGCUUUGAAUUAAUGGAGGCUUCAUCAUUUAACACCACACCAUCCAUCAGCCAGACGGACCCCAUGUGGACCUGCUAUUAGCAUGCUAUUAGCAUGCAUCUAUCUGGAAAAGGAAACAAGACGUGCAUCACGUGAUAGUACCAGGUGUAAAUGGGGUCUAAGUGACACAACUGAGCCCAUCAAGCUCCAGGCUUCGAGCUUUUUAAAGUUAGUCAUUUUCCUUCCUUGGAGUUCAGUAGAAUCCAAACCCCCUGCUGAACUUCUCUGGAGGCGAUGCUACCUCGCUGUUGGGCAGAGUGAUUGUAGAAGCUGUUGACAAGCUUUCAGCUCUGGGAGUCUUAAUGAAGUUUUCUCUUCAUGAUAUCAUGUUCUAGUACAAUCAAAUACAAGUUGCUACCUCCAGAAAGGCCUACUUUUACCUCAUUUUCAAACUUACUGUUAACAUUUCAGGUGUCCAAGAGCAUAUGGAGAACAUUUUAAUUUUUUAUAUAUAUAGAGUUUAUUUUUGUGGGGGAUGAAUUUUAUAAGAUUGUUUUUCUCUGCCUCUCAGUCACCGUUUGGUAAGACUGGACAUGUAACCUUUGAAAAAAGAUUUUCUAAUGAUGCAAUGUUUCGUAGUAGCAGAGAUGUUCUGUCUCUCCCUCUGCCUUGCUCCUUCUGUAUCAUUUCAAAUGUCCUCUACCGUAUCUAACUUGUGUUGCUUUCUCUAUCCACAUAGUAUUACUGUCUUUCAUUUCACUACAAAUUAUGCUUGCCUGCUAAACAACAUCUGUAUAGAUAUUUACUGCGUUUUAUCCAGCACAAUAAAACAAGUAUGGCAUCCAUAACAGAAACGUGUGAGUGAGUUUUUGAUUUCUGUUCUUUGAAUUUUUUACAGGGUGGAUGAAUCCUGUUUGGUUGUCUGGAACAACAUCAUAACAAAUGAUGUGUCAGCUUCAGUUCUCUAUCCUUAGAAGACUAUCUCUGCACUUUGUUGCGAAGGAUCCUCCUGGGGUCAGGCUAUUUGGAUACAGACCACGCCCUAUGAUUUACCUAUAAAACACCUAAGCAGCUGUGGAACAACUGAUUGUUUAUAUCCACUGGAGUCAGGGUGCUCAGUGUGACAAUCCUUGUUGUGGUAUUGAUAGAAAGAGAAAGAGUUUGUUACAGCCUUGAAGCUACUUACGAGGAUUAGUUUGUGUGUUUGUCUGCAAGAAUCCUCCCUAGAUUGCUUAUUCCCUUGUUAUUCGAUCUUUCUGUCUGUGGUUUAAAGUCGCUGCGCACUCUCACCAUCCCAUCGCUGUCUCUGGUGGCCUCCAGCAGCCCUUUUCGUGCCUCUUCUUUCCGGCGUAUAUACCUUUUCAAACUUAACAAUGUAAGCAUUCUAAGUGGGCCUUGCAAUCUUUGUUAAUGCAGUAGCUGACAGAAAGUAGAAUUGGACCAAAAUUGUUGCCCUAGCAACAGAAUGACAAUGAAAAGGUCCAUCGCUUGCAGGACUCAUGAACCGGCCUUGUUAGGACCCAUGCUGAGAGUGGACCUUGAAAGUUGGCUAACAGCGUGCAAGACAGUUCAAAUCCUCCAGUCAGAGGUGGCAUCCCUCCUCUGGUGAAGGGAAUAAGCCACAUGAGUGCGAGUGAGAUCGCUUCUGGGUUGCUGACAUUCUCUGCAGAUUUCAAGGUGCUCGUCCAGUAUGUCUGAGCAGUCAAGUAUGGCGAGAAAGCAGGGACGAUUGUGUGGGUUGUGGGGUUCCAAUAUCAUUGGAAGGUAGCAACGAUAAGUUUGUUUUGUGUUUGAGACAUUGUCCAGGGAGAACCUGCAAAUUCCAGAGAGACUUUGCUGCUUUUUUGGGAGGUUUCUCUCCGUUUGAAAGGCCCAGUGUAAAAAUUGGUGAAAUCGCUAAAGCCAGAAAGGAUAU